AUUUAUUCUUUCACUUAAUCUCACACUCUUUGCUCAAUUUUCUUUUGACCUCUCUUAUCUCUCAAAGCUUGAUGCUUUCUUUCUCCCACUUUCUUUCUUAGAUGGAGUUACCGGUGAAAGCUCCCUUUUCCGGUAGUAACCGCAAAAUCUCUUAUAGACUAGAAACCAAGAAUCUAUCAUAUAGAAUAGGUGGAAACACUUCAAAGUUUUCAAAUAUAUGUGGCUUAUUGAGUGAAAAAGAAGAAAAGGUUAUCUUGAAAGAUGUUUCUUGUGACGCAAGAUCCGCAGAGAUCACUGCCAUCGCUGGUCCUAGUGGAGCUGGGAAGACAACGUUACUAGAGAUACUAGCUGGGAAGGUAUCUCAGGGGAAAGUCUCAGGGCAAGUUCUUGUCAAUGGGAGGCCUAUGGACGGUCCUGAGUACAGGAGGGUUUCAGGGUUUGUACCACAAGAAGAUGCUCUGUUUCCGUUUCUUACGGUGCAAGAAACACUGACGUACAGCGCACUCCUGAGGCUGAAGACGAACAGGAAAGAGGCGGUCGCGAAGGUGAAUAAGCUGAUGGAAGAACUCGGUCUUGAACAUGUCGCGGGUUCGAGGAUCGGAGAAGGAUCAAGAUCUGGGAUCUCUGGAGGUGAGAGAAGAAGGGUUUCUAUUGGAGUUGAGCUUGUUCAUGACCCUAAUGUUAUAUUGAUUGAUGAGCCAACCUCUGGUUUGGACUCAGCUUCUGCUCUUCAAGUUGUGAUGCUUCUCAAAGAUAUGACCGUCAAACAAGGCAAAACCAUUGUCCUGACGAUUCACCAGCCCGGUUUUCGCAUCCUCGAGCAGAUUAACCGGAUAGUGUUGCUCUCUAGUGGACUGGUUGUUCAGAACGGAUCGGUUAAUAGUCUUUAUCAGAAGAUCAAGUUCUCUGGUCACCAGAUUCCUCGCCGUGUGAAUGUCUUGGAGUACGCUAUUGAUAUUGCGGGGAGCCUUGAACCGGUCAUGACACAGAGCUGCAGAGAGAUCUCGUGUUACGGUCAUGGCAAAACGUGGAAGAGUAAUAACGCA